UCAAGCAUGGCGACCCCAACCUUGAUCUCAUCCCUUCCAGACCUCCAGGCCUUCCUCUCUUUGAUCCCUCCGUCCAGCACGUUAUAUCUGGACCUUGAAGGCAGAAAUCUCAGCCGUCACGGAACCUUGACGCUCUUGACAAUUCUCGUCCUUCCCACGCGGGCAACAAGCAUUGUCGAUGUCCAAACCCUCGGCGACUCUGCUUUCACCACUCCCAGCCCAGACGGAAAGACCCUGAAAGCCAUUCUCGAGGAUCCCCAUACCUCCAAAUGCCUCUGGGACGUCCGCAACGACGCGGACGCCCUCUGGGCGCACCACAAGAUCCGUCUCGCGGGCGUCACAGACAUCCAGCUGCUCGAAAACGGAUCCCGCCCCGGCGGCAAGACGUACCUCUUCGGGCUCGACAGGUGUAUCGAGAGGGACCUCUCGCUGAGAUGGGAAGAGAAGCAGCCCUGGGCCAGAACCAAGCAGGAGGUGCGGGCUCUGAUGAACAUGCCCAACAGCGACAUCUUCUCCCGCCGCCCUCUGGACGCCAAGACGCUGCAGUAUUGCGUCAACGAUGUCGUUUACCUGCCUGCGCUUCACAAGCUCUACACCAAGCGUAUCAACAAGUCUAGUGGAUGGCUGGCAAAAGCAAUGGUUGAGAGCGCGCGUCGCGUGACCGAAGCUUGUGGCCCUGGGUACGUGCCUCAAUCUGAGGAUAAGAAGUUCGGACCUUGGCGCUCGAGGGUGGACCCGGACUACGACUUCUGGUUCUGAUAAUGGAGGAACGGCUUGAGGAGAUGGAAGAGGACGAAUUGUUUUUGGCUAUAGAGGCCAGAUAAAGCUCGGUCGGGGAAUCAAGGCAAGAGAUAGCGUACCUAGAUGUAGUUUUGUCCGAGGCAGGAUGGCCCAAGUUGGAUUUAGCAAUAUCAUAUCAUGAAGCUUAC